AUGUCUCUCAUGGCUUCUCAUUCCUAUGUUCCCUCUCUCAACUACAAAUUCAAUGUCUUAUCAAGCUUCCACGGGCCUGACGUCCGUAAAACACUUCUCAGUCACAUGCGCGACCAAUUCAAACGCUACGGGAUCACUAUGUUUGAUGAUCAAGAGAUUGAGAGAAGCGCAACGAUCCCCCCUUCACUCACCGAAGCCAUAAGAGAAUCGAGGAUCUCGAUCGUGAUUCUCUCCAGGAGAUAUGCUUCUUCAGGCUGGUGUUUGGAUGAAUUGGUGAAGAUAAUGAAGUGCAAGGAAACCAUGGGACAAAUAGUGAUAACCAUCUUCUAUGGAGUGGAGCCAUCCUAUGUACGGGAUCAGACCGGGGAUUUCGGGAUCGCUUUCAAUGAAACCUGUGCACGUAAGACGGGCAAGAAAAGACAGAAGUGGAGCAAAGCUUUGCACGAUGUGGCCAACAUUGCUGGAGAAGACUUCUUAAUAUGGAAUAAUGAAGCGGCAAUGAUUGAGAAGAUUGCAAAAGAUGUUUUAAGGAAACUGAAUGCGACACCGUCUAGGGAUUUUGAUGGCAUGGUGGGACUUGAGGCUCAUUUGAGAGAAAUGGAGUCGUUGCUAGAUUUAGAUUGUGAUGGAGUUAAGAUGGUUGCAAUCUCUGGUCCAGCAGGGAUUGGGAAAGCUAUCAUGGUGGUUUUGACGACUAUGGCAUGCAGCUGCGUUUACAAGAAGAGUUUCUUUCAAAGUAUAAAGCAACUAGAGGCGUUGGCUGAUGAAACUACAUGGUUUGGUCCUGGAAGUAGGAUUGUAGUAACCACAGAAAACAAAGAUAUUUUGCGGCAACAUGAGCUUGCUAGAAGAGUAACGUACCUUUGUGGUAACCUUCCAUUGGGUCUCCGUGUGGUGGGUUCAUCUUUGCGUGGGAAGAACGGCGAGGAGGAGUGGGAAGAAGUAAUACGGAGGCUAGAAACUAUUCUUGACCAUCGAGAUAUCGAGCAAGUGCUAAGAGUCGGUUAUGAGAGUUUACAUGAGAAUGAGCAGUCUCUCUUUCUCCAUAUUGCAGUCUUCUUCAACGGUGAAGAUGGUGAUAUUGUGAAAGCCAUGUUCGAUGACCAUAACAACUUGGAUAUCAAACACGGGUUGAAUAUCCUAGUUAACAGAUCUCUCAUUUACAUGUAUCCAAAAGGAAAAAUAGUGAUGCACAAAUUACUGCAACAAGUGGGUAGACAAGCCAUUGAUAGACAAGAGCCUUGGAAACGUACGAUCUUAACUGACGCUCAAGAGAUAUGUGAUGUCCUUGAAGAUGAUAAAGGUACUAGAGCUGUGUCCGGUAUAUCAUUCGAUAUAUCAAGAAUAGAUGAAGUAUCUAUAGGCAAGAAAGCCUUAAAAAAAAUGCACAACCUCCGAUUCCUCAAAGUUUACAAAAGAAGAUAUGAUAGGAAUUAUAGCAUGCAUAUACCUGAGGAGAUGGAGUUUCCGAGUCGUCUAAGGUUACUACAAUGGGAGGCCUAUCCAAGCAAUUGUCUUCCUCCUACAUUUCAUCCGGAAUAUCUGGUCAAACUUGAUAUGAAGUAUAGCCUGAUCGAGUACCUCUGGCAAGGAGCCCAGCCGCUUACAAGUCUCAAGGAGAUUGAUUUGGCAUGGUCCUGCCAGCUCAAGGAACUCCCGGAUCCUACAAAUGCCACAAAUCUGGAGACAUUGGAUCUGAGUUUGUGCAAGAGUUUGGUAGAGAUUCCAUCCUCAUUCUCACGUCUUGAUAAACUACAAAAGUUGACGGUGGUGAACUGCAUAAACCUACAAGUCAUUCCAGCUAACCUGAACUUGGCUUCACUCGACCAUGUCGAAAUGUUUGGAUGCUCAGCUUUGAGAAAUUUUCCAGUUAUAUCAACGCACAUCACAACACUAAGUAUAUCAAAAACAGCGGUCGAUGAUCUACCUGCAUCAACAAGGCUCUGCUCUCGUCUUUUGUCUCUCAACCUAGAAUAUUCCAUCAAAGAUCUUCAUAGGCUACAUGACCUGAAUCACUCCAAGUGCGGUGCUCUGUUUCACCAACUGCUUCAAACUGGACCAACAAACACAAAGAGCGAUGAUCCAACGAUCGAUUAUCCAACGACCGUUUCGUUACCCGGAAGAGAAGUGCCUUCGAUGUUUGAUCACAGAGCCGUGGGAAAUUCCUUGACCAUACGUCUCGAUUUUGAUAGGCCUCUGCUCUUUACAUUUAAGGUUUGCCUCGUGGUUUCACCUAAUAACAAGAAAAAUACUUGCUCUUCUACACAACCAGUUAUGUGCCGUCGCAUUGUCAACGGCCACUUAGACCCCACGGAGGAGGAGUUCAAUCUACAAAAUAUCUCCAAAUGUCGAACGGAGCAUCUGUUGAUAUGUAAAUCUCGCUUGCAAUAUUUUCACCGCGCUAAAGUUAGCAGUGAGGUAGUGUUCGAAUUCAGCAGCAAAUACGAAAACCUUGACAUCCUUGAAUGUGGUGCCCGGAUCUUUAGCCAAGCAUACUUGCAAAUGAGCAAUGAGUCCGAACCCUUGGAAGACGAUGAAGAAGAAUUUGACUCGAAAGAAGACGAGAAUCACAGAGGCGCAACACAUACGGAUUGUUGGAGUUGGCUCUUCUCCUGCUUUGUGAAAAAGGAAGCUUUGUUUCGGGGAACAAGACGACGAUAG